AUGACGCGACAUGGUUUCCCAGAGAGCGGGAACCCCGUCUCAUCGCAGUUGAAGAUCCGUUGUGGCGACGUAAGGAUUGAUGCGCAGCCCUCGCCCUCAAGUAGUCAUUUUCAUGUCUCAUUUUUCAUAUUCCAGAUUGCUGCUAAGAUUGGCGGUUCUAGCACGUUAGGCCUAAAUUCAGGUUCAAGUUCAGCUGAGGUAAGCGGACUGCCCCCUUCUGGUGGACUAGGAGCAAUUAGUGGAGGAGACGCAGCCAGCGGAAUCAAGCGGCCUCUCGAAGACUCAAAUUCAGAAGCAGAGCCAGCUACAAAGAAUUUAGCCAUGCAGAAUGAAAAUGAAUUCAACACUUUUGGUGCUUCUCUACCAGGGAUGCCAAGGGCAGCACCAGCGAACACCAUGACUCACCCCGGUGAAAAAACAGAAGAAUUCUUUGUGCCAAAUAAGAUGGUUGGUCUCAUAAUUGGUCGUCAGGGACAACAAAUCUCGGCAUUACAAUCGGAAUCUGCAUGUAAUAUUCAAAUCGCCCCAGAAAAUGGGAUGUCAAGCGACAGACAAGUCACUCUGACCGGAACACCCGAGUCUGUUAAAUAUGCCCAGUCACUCAUCCUUGAUAUAGUAAAGAAAACCAGUCAGAAUGAAGCAGAAGGAAAUACGACUGUUGAAAUGCUCAUUCCUCCAACGAAGGUCGGCCUGGUCAUAGGAAAAGGAGGAGAAAUGAUAAAGCAACUUCAGGACCGAUCUGGAGUAAGGAUGGUUAUGAUUCAAGAUGGUCCAGUGAACACAGGCAUGUCCAAACCACUCAGGAUGACAGGUGAUCCUCAAAAGAUAGAGGAGGCAAAGAGGAUGGUCAGUGAGGUGAUGGAGAAUGCCAAGAACAAUGAGAGUGGUGGGGACUUUUACCGAGCUGAUAGCGAAACGGAAGUGGUUGUUCCAAAGCAUGCUGUUGGCAUGGUAAUUGGACGUAAAGGAGAAAUGAUUAAGAGGAUCCAAGAGCAAACGGGGGCUCGCGUCCAGUUCAAAGAAGAUGGAGGCCGGGAUGCCCCAAAACGUACUGCCCUCAUCAAAGGCUCUCAGGAGAGUGUACAAAGGGCUGAAACAAUGGUACGAGAAAUGGUCAACAAUGCAAGGGAGAAUAGAAUGCAAAUGGAUGGCCCUGACAUGGGCGGACCUGGCCCAUGGAUGGGUGACCGUGGUAGGGGGCGUGGUCGAGGCGGUGGUGGACCAAACUUUGGCAACAGGGGAGGCGGCAACAGGGGAGGAGACUUUGGUGGCAUGGGAGGCCCCAUGGGUGGUGGCAGAGGAGGAGGUGCACCUGGUGGUCCAGCCCACGAACACCAUGUACCCGCUGGAAAAUGUGGCUUGGUCAUUGGCAGAGGCGGUGAGAACAUCAGAGCUAUCAUGUCCCAGUCAGGAGCACAUGUAGAGAUUAGCCAUGGUCAACAUCCACCAGGACAGAAGGCCUUCCUCAUCUCAGGUGACCCGGAGCAAGUCGACUAUGCCAGGAGCCUGAUCGAUGAAAAAGUCGAUGGGGGACCUGGCGGUCCAGGAGGACCAGGUGGACUUGGAGGACCUGGUGGACCAGGUGGCCCAGGAGGUGGACCCGGUGGUCCUCAGGGACCCCGAUUUGGUGGUCCGCCAGGUGGUCCUCAACAACCACCAGUCCAAGGGUACAAUAACCAACAGGGAUGGAAUACAUACAACCAGUGGCAGCAACAACAGCCACAGCAGCAGCCACCCCAACAGCAGGCCCCUCAACAAGCCCCUGAUGCUUCUGGUUACGGAGACAGCAACCCUUAUGCCGCUUACUACCAGCAAUACUAUCACCAGCAGCAGCAGCAGGCUCCUACCAGCCAGCCGGCCAGCACUGUGCAGACCAACCCAAGCACCUCUGCCCCACAGUCUACCGAUGCUCAGCAAGGUCAAGCCAAUAACGCUGCCGGCAAUCAAGACACGUACCGCCAGUGGGUCGAGUACUACAAAAAUCAAGCUGCUACCCAGGGAGGCCAACAGCCCCAGGACUACUCUCAACAAUGGAUGGAGUACUUUCAGCAGCAAGCUAUGAUCAUGAACCAACCUAACCAGGGACAGACACCCACGCCACAGGGUCAGUGAGGCAGUUUUAAAGUAUCUCUUCUCACGAAUUCUUCAACACUUCGUUAGAAUCAUGAUAUGCAUUGCUGGUAUAGAUUUGCCGAUACACAUAUUCCUUGCUUUUUUUGUUUAUGGUAGUACAAGCCAAUGGAGAUUGGCGUUCAGAGGGUAGACUUUUUUAUGUAACAUUUAGGAUUGUAUCACAGAUAAUUAAAAUUGUAAUGCAGUAGAGUCAGAAGUUGGAAAAAAGAAUGUAAAUAGAGUUUUUGCUGUUUUGUCAAUAUGACUUUUUUAUUCAAUGUGUUUAUUCCCAUUUCCCCCCUGUGCCUGAAGGACUAAUAGGUUACGUAUAUUUUGAUGUUGUAUAUCACAGUUAUGGUAUGUAAGAGUUGUUUGUAGUGUUUUACACUUAUUAUUCCAUUAUGACAGAUUAAUUCAGUGAAUAUGUAAGCCAUGUAAAUAUUUAAAUGUACCUAGACUUAUGUGUAUACUAUUAUAUUGAGGCCUAGGCCCCUAUGAGUAGUACAUGUAUUAUUUCUAUUCAUCGUGAUAUAAAUUUUCCAACGUAUGGGCAUGAGUACAUGAUUGAUUUUUAAAAUGAAAACUGAUAACAUAUAACUUGCAUCUAGUAUCUUUAAUGCAAUGCCAAAUUUUAUUUUUAUUUUUUGCUCUCUUAAAUACAUGUGCAUAUUUGUAUUUAAGAGAGAUGUCACUUUGCGUUGUUAUUUAAGCGGUAUUUUGAAUUGUUGAGUUCUUUUCCCUUGCAGUAGGAGGUGAACUGGGCUAUUGCUUGUAUCGGACGGUUCACACCCACGCAGUGCUGAAAAGUGUAAGUGGAUAAGAAAAAAAAAUGCAAUAAUGUUUUUAUUGUCAUGAACAUUGUGUAUCAAAAUAAUACAUAUGCUAUAAAUUAUUUAAAAUAAUAUUUCAUCUUAUUACCGAUCGCAGACAUAUUUGACUUUUUUCCUUGUUUCCCAUUUUGUUGAUAUAUAUUUUUUUGUGAUCAGAAAUUAAUCAAAAAUUUGGACUAAAUGAUUUCAUCCUGUGCUAUUAUUGAAAUGAUUAUGUUUUUCGUAUUCACCUCGUCAUUCAAAUAUAGUACUUCUGACAAUCAUAUGUUUAAAAUGCAUUUACUUAUUUAAUCUAAAAUGUGUCUUAUGUUUUUGAAUGAUACAAGACUUGUAAUUUGCAAUUUUUUUUCUCAUUGCGCGAUAUAAAUGUUCCUCUUUUUUCCAUUUGAAAAUGAAAAAUCAUGUACUUUAUGCUGCCGUAUGGUAUAGAAAUGAGUGUCAUUUGCGUUGAUGUAUUAUUAUUUGAGACAUGUAACAUUGAUGUAGAAACCUGUAUUUUGUAGAUAACUAUCUGAUAUGCUCUUUAACUGCAAAUCUAAUACAUGUACAAUUAAGCUAUGAAUAAAUUAUGAAAAAAAAGCAGGGAAGUGGUUUUAAAUGAUGCAUAUAUAUACUCUGGUGGACGUGCUGACUCGAUGAGGCUUGGAAGUAUGUUGAUCUACAUGUACCAGAAUAUCGUCAAUGAAGUAUUUCUUCGUAACAAUGGUAAGAUCGUAGUUUUAAGAUUGUUUAUGUCCUUAAUAAUGCAAUGCCAACCUUUUUUGUAUAUUGCGUAUUUUGAAAGAAAAUGCUUUUUCUCGUAAAAAAAAAAUAGUUAAAAUUAUAAAUUCCAACAAAGUGUAUAUGAAACUUGUCUUUUUUUUCUUUUGUCAUGAAAUGUUACUUUUAUUCAAUACCGUUUACAUGUUUAAUAUUUGAAAAUUGUGAAUACACUAUAUCAUUGAAGGGACAUGUCUGAUAUAUGAUGUUAUGUAAAAGAUGACUAUAAAUGACCAUAGAGGACUACAUGUACUAUUGCAUUUUGACUUUUUACUGUUAUAUUUUCAUAUAAUUCCUCAUGUAAUUGAUUGAUUGAUAAGGUGAAAUAUAAAACUUUUUUUAUUGUGUUGAAACAUAUUUGCAGUAUUCUUUAAAAUCUGAGUCUUAUUCAUGAAUUUAAAAGAUCACUGUAUUGUAACAUUAUUGUUGAGGUUUACAUCUAUUUCUCAUGUUCCCCAUUAGUACUGAAGUAUUUUGCAUGGUGUAAAAGUGUAUAUUUGAAUGUAGAAAGGAAUAAGGGAGACACAUUUGUGUCUCCUUUAUAUUGGCUUCAUUGAUUCUUUUUAAAUAUCGAAUAAAAGCAAGUUGCUCUGGUUGAUUUAA